AUGCUACUGUAUACAUUAUACCUCGAUGCGGACUCGGCAACAGGCAACAUGAACAGCGGACAAUUCUGUCUUGACUUUUUAUCACGCGACGCUCAUGACUACAUCUCACAUGAACACCUUUUUCUCAGCGUUCGAUCAGCUCUUCCCAAGAUGUGGGGUGAACAAUAUCCGAUAUCAGAACUCCUCGAUGACAUGGAGAAUUAUCGCCCUCUCCGCUUAUAUCACCUCUGUCAAGGAUCUAAACUUGAGCUUCUCAGACUAGCACGGUCAACAACGCACGGUGGAUACGACGAUCUUAAGAAGCUCUGGCGGCAUGUCGAAAACUUCGGUGAUCAGGAAUUCGCCGAUAUCCUCCUCCUCGCCAAAAAGACGCCCAGCUCUGGAGGAAAGCGCCUCAUGUGGACAGUAUACGCCGCAGCCCUUGACUUCCACGCCUUGCAGAUCCUCUGCUCCAGCCUAGACACCUACAACGAAACGCCUUUCAAGCCCGAGCCCUCCCUAUCCUACAUCUUCAGCGUCGCCACAAAGGCUCUCGAAGAAGACCCCCGUCAAGUCUACCGUUUCAUGUGGUCGCUCUCCGUAGCACUCAGCAAAACGAAUCAGGCUUGGUUAUCUACCCAGCUUGCAAAAGCAAGGAUUUUACUACCGCGGUUUGGAGUUCCAGGGUUGAUACUUGAGCAAUGUGGGGGCCUAAGCGUUAAUAACGAGGGAGCACAGUAA